AUGGAAGCAAAAAGAAAAGUUGAUCAUGAAAUUGGUUUUGAUUUUACAAAAUUGCCACCCUCUAAAUGGGGUGAUCACUUCCUCACAGUGACCGUCACUGACUUGGAUCUUGAUGCUCUUGCAAAGGAAAUUAAGGUACUGAAACUUAAAGUGAUCGACGAGAUUAUUUUGUAUUCUCAAGAUGAUGACGAGGCGAUGAUAAAGAGGAAAAUUCUUGUAAUCCAUUUUCUAGUCAGUCUUGGUCUGGCCUAUCAUUUCGAGAAUGAGAUUGAACACAUAGUGAAAGUUGCUUUCGAGAAGAUAGCGGACUUGAUCGCGGAUGAGAAUGACUUGUACAUGAUUUCUAUCAUGUUUCGAGUUUUCAGAACAUAUGGUCACAACAUGUCAUCGGAUGUGUUCAAAAGAUUCAAAGAAGAUGAUGAGAAGUUCAAGGGAUAUAUAAUAAAGGACUUGAAAGGUAUGCUAAGCUUUUAUGAAGCACUGCACUUCAGAACAACAACGGAUUAUAUCUUGGAUGAAGCAUUGAGCUUUACAUUGAGCCACUUGGAGCAAAUAGCUACAGGUAAAUUAGCAAGUCCAGCACACAUUUCAAGGCUUAUACAAAAAGCUCUUCACAUACCUCAACACCAGAACAUUGAAGCACUGGUUGCAAGGGAAUAUAUUUCAUAUUAUGAACAAGAAGAGGACCACAAUGACACGCUACUCAAGCUAGCAAAGCUCAAUUUCAAGUACUUGCAGCUUCAUUACAUCCAAGAACUAAAAACAAUCACCAUGUGGUGGAGGGGACUAGAUCAUACAUCAGAUUUCCCGCCUAAUUUUAGAGAAAGAACCAUGGAGACUUGGCUAGCGGCAUUGAUGAUGUACUUUGAGCCACAGUUUUCACUUGGGAGAAUUAUGUCGGCUAAAUUAUACCUAGCAAUAACAUUUCUAGAUGAUGCUUGCGAUACAUAUGCUUCUAUUGACGAAGUUAUGAAUCUGGUUGAUUGUAUAGAAAGAUGGGACCCUGAAUACAUAGGACAACUUCAAGGUCACUUAAAGACGGCCUUCAAAUUUGUAAUGAGUGUUUAUAAAGAGUAUGAAGAUAUAUUGAAGUCACAAGGAAGAUUAUUUGUCUUGGAGGAAAUGAUAGAAGAGUUCAAGAUACUUGUGAGGACAAACCUCCAACUUAUCAAAUGGGCACGAGGAGAUUACAUGCCUAGCUUUGAUGAGUACAUAGAGGCUGGUGGAGCUGAGAUUGGUUCGUAUGCAACCAUAACUUGCUCAAUUAUGGGACUUGGAGAUAUUGGUAAGAAGAAAGAUUUUGAGUGGCUAAGAUCUAGACCAAAGGUCGUCCAAGUUUUAGCCGCAAAGACCCGUCUCAUGGAUGACAUGACCGACUAUGAGGAGGAUAUUGGUAAAGGUUACACUGCAAACGCACUCAACUAUUAUAUAAAACAACAUGGAGUGACCAAAGAAGAAGGUAUAAAAGAGUUUGAUAAGAUGAUUACAGAUAUCAACAAGAUCGUUAACGAGGAAUGCUUGAAGACAACCCACAUCUCUCGUCGAGUUCUUACCCAAGUCAUCAAUUACGGACGCUCAUUGGAUGUUCUAUAUACCUCUGACGAUGUCUACAACCACCGCGAAGGCAUGUUCAAGGAGUAUAUCACCACUUUGCUCGUUGAUCAAAUACAUCUUUAG